AUGUCUUCUGCAACUCUUCCUGAGAACUUUCUAUGGGGCUUCGCUACGGCAAGUUACCAGAUCGAAGGAGCUACUCAAGAAGACGGCAGAGCAGACAGUAUCUGGGACACCUUCUGCCGGAUUCCAGGCAAGAUCGCUGGUAAUGAGAAUGGAGACGUGGCUUGUGACUCGUACCGCCAGUACAAGCAAGAUGUAAAGCUUUUGAAGGAUAUGGGUGCUAGAGCAUACCGAUUCAGCAUCUCGUGGUCUCGCGUAAUUCCGCUAGGAGGUCGCAAAGAUCCAGUCAACCAGAAAGGUCUGCAGUACUACAUCGACCUUGUGGAUGAGUUGCUUGCAAAUGGUAUUGAGCCUAUGGUCACAUUGUUCCACUGGGACCUUCCUGAAGCGCUUGACCAGAAAUACGGGGGACUUCUGAAUACAGAGGAAUUUGUUGCUGAUUUCGAGCAAUACUCUCGAACUAUCUUCAAGGCACUGGGAGAGAAGGUCAGAUACUGGGUCACUUUUAACGAGCCCUGGUGCAGCUCGAUUCUUGGUUACAACGUAGGUGCUUUUGCACCAGGCAGAACCAGCGAUCGCUCGAAAUCAUCAGUCGGAGACAGCAGCACUGAGCCUUGGCUGGUAGGACACAAUCUGCUUGUUGCCCAUGGUGCAGCCGUAAAGAUCUACCGGGAAGAAUUCAAGCCAAGCCAGAAAGGCCAGAUUGGAAUUACCUUGAAUGGUGACUGGGUGGAGCCCUGGGACCCCGAGGACCCCAAGGAUAUCGAAGCCUGCCAGAGGAAACUCGAGUUCUCGAUCGCCUGGUUUGCUGAUCCUAUCUACCAUGGUGACUACCCUCAGAGCAUGCGCAAACAGCUUGGAGACCGCCUACCAAAGUUCACACCGGAGCAGCAAGCGUUGGUGCAGGGAAGCAAUGAUUUCUACGGCAUGAACCACUACUGUGCGAAUUACAUCAAGCACAAAUCCGGCGAGCCAGAACCAGAAGAUCACUUGGGAAACCUAGAGUCUCUACUUUCCAACAAGGAAGGUCAAGACAUUGGCCCUGUAACCCAGAGCCCAUGGUUGAGGCCCUAUGCUAUCGGCUUCAGAAAGUUACUCAAAUGGAUUUCCGAUCGAUACGGACGCCCUGCCAUCUACGUCACCGAGAACGGAACCAGUGUCAAGGGCGAAAAUGAUCUCUCGAAAGAGGCGAUACUCGAAGAUGAUUUUCGUGUGUGGUACUUCAAAGAAUACGUCACUGCUAUGGCAGAUGCAUAUACACACGACGACGUGGACGUCAGAGCUUACCUUGCUUGGAGUUUAAUGGACAAUUUCGAGUGGGCUGAGGGAUUCGAGACUCGCUUCGGAGUCACCUUCGUUGACUACAAGAAUGGGCAGCAGAGAUACCCAAAGAAGAGCGCAAAGGCCAUGAAAGGCCUGUUCGGUUCGCUCAUGGUCAAAUCAUAG